AGCUGGCCGGGGAGGGACCCUGCCCAGUUGCUGCUCUACUCCCGUCUCUUGUCCCCUCCCCUGGCCAUGACAGAGACCCGUGAGCCAGCUGAGACUGGAGGCUACGCCAGCUUGGAGGAAGAUGAUGAAGACCUUUCCCCAGGCCCGGAGCAUUCUUCUGACUCUGAAUACACUCUUUCAGAGCCCGACUCUGAGGAGGAGGAAGAGGAAGAGGAAGAAGAGGAGACCACUGAUGACCCUGAAUAUGACCCUGGCUAUAAGGUGAAACAGCGCAUAGGUGGGGGCAGGGGAGGCCCAUCCCGCCGGGCCCCCCGAGCAGCCCAGCCUGCUGGCCCACCUGCACAGCCCUGCCAGCUCUGUGGCCGAUCACCACUGGCAGAGGCCCCACCCGGUACCCCACCUUGCCGACUCUGCUGCCCUGCAACAGCAACCCAAGAAGCUCCAGCCCCUGAAGGCAGGGCUCUUGGUGAGGAAGAGGAGGAGCCAUCUCGCACGGGGGAGAGCCGGCCAGCAGGGCGGGAUGGAGAUGAAGAUGAGGAGGAGGGGGGUACCUACCACUGUACGGAGUGUGAGGACUCCUUUGACAACCUCGGGGAACUGCAUGGUCACUUCAUGCUACAUGCCCGGGGUGAGGUUUAGGUAGGGCCACCCGGGAGCUGGUGGAGGGGUGGGUGGGAGCAGGGGCUGAGGAAGCUGCAGUCGGGGCUGGGUCCCACCCAUGUGUGUUGUCUUAGCAGUAGAUAUGUGAAGGGCAGAAUGAAUAAAAGCCAGAUUGUGUGUG